CUGCCAACCUCCCUCCUGCCACGUGACUGCUCCCGCCAAAUGACUGCCCUGAACCAAUCACGUGCCGGCAAUCGUAGUACCCUUAGCUCUCUGCCCAAUGGCCGAGAACCUGGUCCGUGUCAUGUGACUACCAACUCUCGCCCCGCCCUGUAGGUGCUGCUGAGGAUGGCGGAGGCCGCCUGCGGCCGGUGCAGCUCUGUAGCCGUCCUGCUGCUCUUCCUGUCCCUUUCCCCGCGGCCCGCAUCGCUCUGGCUGCUUGGCCUGCGCCCGGAGGACACGGUGGGCGGCCAAGUAUCCCUAGAAGGUGGCACAUUACGGGCGGCCGAGGGCAGCCGAUUCACACUUCGUGUUUAUUUCCAGCCCCCUCUGCCAGCUCAACAGAGCCAGCAGCCUUCUCACAGUCCCGGCUAUAACGGCACCAGCAGCCCACCACGGCUGGUAUUCAUUGAGGAGCCGCGGGCAGGUGAAACCCCGACCGAAACCUGUCAGGAUGAGGGCUCGUGGGCAUCGGACGUGGAAGUGCUGGGCCCCCUGCAGCCCGGCCUGGGGGGCUCGGCCGUGGUGGAGGUGCAGGUGCGGGAGCUGCGGAAAGGCGAGCGGGUCAAGCUGUUCUCUCUAUGCGCUUUCGACGGUCGCCACUGGGAGCAUCACCGUGGGGCCCACUUCGUGCUGGAGGUUCGGGAAGCCGAAUCGGGGAUGCCAGGCUGGCUGCGGGCGCUCAUCGCCCUCUUGCUCCUGGCUAUGUCCGCCUUAUUCAGCGGCCUCCGCCUUAGUAUGCUCUCCCUGGACCCGGUGGAGCUGCGGGUACUGCAGAGCAGCGGCUCCCCCGCGGAGAAGGAGCAGGCUGGCCGGGUGCAGUCGGUACGGUCCCGGGGCUCAUACCUCCUGUGCACCCUAUUGCUGGGCAACGCGCUAGCCAAUGCCUCCCUGGCCGGCUGGCUGUGCUCCUCCCUGCCAUCAGGGGCCAGCGGGGCGAUGUGGCUACCGGUGCUAGUGUGCACGUUGUGCGUGUUCCUCGGCGGGGAGAUUGCUCCGUACUCUGUGUGCUCCCGGCAUGGCCUGGCCAUCGCCUCCCGCACCGUCUGGCUUACUCGGCUGCUGAUGGCUGCCACUUUCCCUAUCUCCUACCCGCUGAGCCGCCUGCUGGACUGGGCUCUGCGCCAGGAGAUCAGCACCUUCUACACCCGCGAGAAGCUGCUGGAGAUGCUGCGGGCCGCCGACCCGUACAACGACCUGGUCAAGGAGGAGCUGAACAUCAUCCAGGGAGCCCUGGAGCUGCGCACCAAGGCGGUGGAGGACGUGCUGACCCCGCUGGGGGACUGCUUCAUGCUGCGCUCCGACGCGGUGCUAGACUUCGCUACCGUGUCCGACAUCCUGCGCAGCGGCUACACUCGCAUCCCGGUCUACGAAGGGGACGACAGAGCCAACAUCGUGGACAUCCUGUUUGUUAAGGACCUGGCUUUUGUGGACCCGGAUGACUGCACCCCGCUGCAGACCGUGACCCGCUUCUACCACCGGCCCCUGCACUGCGUCUUCAACGACACCCGGCUGGAUGCGGUGCUGGAGGAGUUUAAAAAGGGUAAAUCCCAUCUAGCAAUAGUUCAGCGGGUUAAUAAUGAAGGAGAAGGAGACCCCUUUUAUGAAGUGAUGGGGAUUGUAACUCUGGAGGAUAUCAUAGAAGAAAUAAUCAAGUCAGAGAUUCUGGAUGAAACCGAUCUGUACACAGAUAACAGAAAAAAGGAGAGAAUUCCCCAACGGGAACGGAAACAGCACGACUUUUCACUGUUUAAACUCUCUGACAGCCAGAUGAAGGUAAAGAUUUCUCCGCAACUCCUGCUGGCGACGCAUCGCUUUAUGGCUACAGAAAUCGAGCCUUUUAAAUCCCCGUAUCUAUCGGAGAAAAUUUUAUUGCGACUUUUAAAACACCCCAACGUAAUCCAGGAACUGAAGUUCGAUGAGAAGAAUAAAAGGUCUUCAGAGCAUUAUCUUUACCAACGGAACCGCCCGGUGGACUACUUCAUUCUGAUCCUCCAGGGUAAGGUAGAAGUGGAAGUUGGUAAAGAGGGGCUAAGGUUUGAGAAUGGAGCGUUUACUUAUUAUGGGGUCCCAGCAAUCAUGGCCACUGUUUCUUCAGAUACCGAUGUGAGAAAGGUUGGAAGCUUGGCUGGGUCUUCAUUUCUUUUACCUGUGUCCGUAUCUCGCACCUUCGCUUUCAACAGAGGGGAAUCGCUGGCUGGCUCCCCAGUAAACAGAUCCCCUUCUCGCUGCAGUGGCUUGAAUCGUUCUGAAUCCCCUAACAGAGAGCGCAAUGACUAUGGGGGGAGCACUAACCAGCUAAGCAACAGUAACAACAAUCUCUACGUACCAGAUUACUCCGUACAUAUCCUCUGCGAUGUACAGUUUAUUAAGAUCACGCGGCAGCAAUAUCAGAACGCGCUUACCGCCAGUCGAAUGGACAGCUCUCCCCAGUCCCCGGAAAUUGAAGUCUUUAGUGACGGAGAUUCUUCGAAAACAAGCAAAUACCGCAGAGUGUCCGAGUCUCCAAAGGACGACGCGGCUUCCACAUUAAUGCACGAAAGAAACAGCAACUUUGCAGGGAGCAAAUCCGACGGGCUGAAAAGUCCUAAUGACUCCGUGUUCCUACAUAUGGACGACAUUCCCCAAAUCAGAGAGGAACUGGCAGACAGCGAGAGCUGCAAAACCAACAAUGCAGAUUGCUGUGGAAUUAACGUGGACUCGGAUCACUCGAGCACCGAAAUGAUUACAUGCUCAGCUGUCACCAGCAAUGAAGAGACCCUGGGGAAAAAGCUACUGAGAACGCUAAGUGGAAAGACCAGGAAAAAAUCAAGGGACGCCGAUAAAAGUCCGGAAGAAAGUUCAGUGAUGCAUCUAAUCACAUGAAGAUCCAGCAACUAACGUUAACACCUUAUAUUAUACACAAGGGGGUACCCAGUCCUGUUGGGUUUAACUAUAGAACCAUUCUCACCCGACCAGUGCUUGAACAGUUAAAGGACAGCAAACCCUUAAGCGGUAUUGUGGUGGGUUGCUUGUCUGC